AUGGGAAGGAAGUUGAAAACUCUAGCAAUUUUACUAUCAUUGUCAACUCUUGUCUAUACUCCGGUAUCUACCACAUCAGUGGAUGAGUUUGUUAGGAUAAAACUAAAGAGAGUGAAAUUUAGUGAAACCAGCUCAGACGUCACUUUAAACGCGUCUGUUAGGAAGUACACAAAGAGUUCAAAUAACCUUCGUGAUUCCACGAAAUCUGAUAUCAUAGCACUAAACAACUAUAUGAAUGCUCAAUACUUUGGUGAGAUCGGCAUUGGAACCCCACCUCAGAAAUUUAAUGUGAUCUUCGAUACAGCUAGUGCUAACUUGUGGGUACCUUCGUCAGAAUGCUUAUUUUCGGCAUCUUGCUCUAGCCACAUGAAAUACGAGUCAAGUAAAUCAAGCACUUACAAAGCAAAUGGCAAAUUUGCUACUAUCCACUAUGGUGCAGAUUCAAUAUCUGGAAAUUUUAGCCAAGACAAUGUUAAAGUUGGUGAUCUAAUUGUUGACGAUCAGAUAUUCAUUGAGGCAACACGGGAGUCUGGUGUCACAUUUUUGGCGGGGAAGUUUGACGGUAUCCUUGGGCUUGGAUUCCAGGAAAUCUCUAUUGGCAAUGUUGUUCCAUUGUGGGACAACAUGGUCGAUCAACACCUAGUUAAGGAAAAUCUAUUCUCAUUUUGGUUGAACCAACAAUCCGAGGAAGGUGAAGGGGGUGAAAUCGUUUUUGGUGGUGUUGAUCCGAAGCACUAUAAGGGUACACAUACAUACGUUCCAGUGACACAAAAGGGUUAUUGGCAGUUUGAAAUGGGUGAUGUCCUUAUUGGUGGGAAACCUACUGGCUUUUGUAAGGAUGGAUGUUCCGCAAUUGUAGAUUCAGGAACUUCAAUGAUAGCAGGUCCAAUGAAUGCCAUCACAGAGAUAAAUCUUGCCAUCGGGGCUAUGGGAAUUAUUAAUGACCAAUGUCAGAAAGCUAUUGGGAAUGUGGGAAACCUAGUCUUUGAUAUGUUUUCCGCAAUGUUUAAAGAACCUGGGAAGUUAUGCUCCCGUAUCACAAUCUGUGUUCCUGGUGAUAAAGCUACUGACGGUAGUGACAUUAGGAGUGUGGUGGAUAUGAGUGAUGGUUUAACUGGACCUCCACAAGUCCCAAUAUGUAAAGCAUGUGAGAUUGUAGUAGACUUCUGGCAUAAAGUGCUCACAAACAACCUGUCACGAGGUGCCGUCUUAAAAUUAGGCACCCAACUAUGUGCUGUGACGGGUUUAGCGGGAGAGUCAACUGUAGACUGUGCAAGACUUCCUUUUAUGCCUACUAUUUCAUUUACCAUUGGGGGCAAAGAAUUUGAACUUUCUCCUAAUGAGUACAUAACUAAGAUUGGCGAGGGUGCUAGUGCUCAGUGCGUAAGUACCUUCGUUCCUCUGGAUAAUCCUCCUGACGUUGGCCCACUUUGGAUACUGGGUGAUGCAUUUAUGCGUCGUUACCACACUAUAUUUGACCAUGGUAAUCUCAGAAUUGGAUUUGCAGAAGCCGCAUAAAUAAGAGAUAUUAACCAAAGGUGCUAUUACAUCUGGUUAACGUAUUUUCUUUGCUUGUAUCUAGUAAUAUAAAGUGUUACAUUUAAUACUAGUAACAUGAUGCCUCAUGUGCUUGCAAAAGAUUUAUUAAUAUAUACUGUUCUUCAUAUUGUUGGAAAAUGUAAUGUUUAAUAUUUUAAAUAGAGCCUAUAAACGUACUUGUCU